GGGGUGCGGAGAGGGGGUUGCAGUAGGAGCCGAACCGCUGCUGCUCAAUGGCGGAAAAGCCGCCGGUGCUCUGACCGCCUCGUCCCCGCCUAGCAGUUGCGGGGGAGUUUCCUGCCGGCGCGGCUGGAGUCUCUGUUUCUCAGUGUUCGGUGGCUGGAAGAUGCUCCAGAGAGACGAGGCUGCGGCGGAGGCGGAGGUGGUGGCCGUAUCGGCAGCGACUCUAGGGUGGAGAGAAGGCGGCGGCGGCGGCGUGAGGGGCCGGGCGGUGUAAACAGCCCGGGUGACGGCGGAGGCGGCGGUGGCCGAGAGCCGAGGGUCGAGCGGCGGCUGAGGCAGGGUCACGCCUCCAGCGGAAGCCUGGGCUGAGAGCGCGGGCGCGACGGGACGCCUCAGACCUCGCCUCCCUCCCUUGCUCGCCCAGAUUCAUUACUAAACAUGGGUGCAUUUUUGGAUAAACCCAAAACUGAAAAACACAAUGCUCAUGGUGCUGGGAAUGGUUUACGAUAUGGUCUGAGCAGCAUGCAGGGAUGGAGAGUGGAAAUGGAAGAUGCACACACAGCUGUUGUAGGUAUUCCUCACGGCUUGGAAGACUGGUCCUUUUUUGCAGUUUAUGAUGGUCAUGCUGGAUCCCGAGUUGCAAAUUACUGCUCGACACAUUUGUUGGAACACAUCACUACGAAUGAAGACUUCAGGGCAGCUGGCAAAUCAGGAUCUGCUCUUGAGCCUUCAGUGGAAAAUGUCAAGAAUGGUAUCAGAACUGGCUUUUUGAAAAUUGAUGAAUAUAUGCGUAACUUUUCAGACCUCAGAAAUGGGAUGGACAGGAGUGGAUCGACUGCUGUGGGAGUGAUGAUUUCACCUACACACAUCUACUUUAUCAACUGUGGUGAUUCUCGAGCUGUUCUCUAUAGGAACGGACAAGUCUGCUUUUCUACCCAGGAUCACAAACCUUCUAACCCACGGGAAAAGGAGCGAAUCCAAAAUGCAGGAGGCAGCGUAAUGAUCCAGCGUGUUAACGGCUCAUUAGCAGUGUCUCGUGCUCUGGGGGACUAUGACUACAAGUGUGUUGAUGGCAAGGGCCCAACAGAACAACUUGUUUCUCCAGAGCCUGAGGUUUAUGAAGUUUUAAGAGCAGAAGAGGAUGAAUUUAUCAUCUUGGCUUGUGAUGGGAUCUGGGAUGUUAUGAGUAAUGAGGAGCUCUGUGAAUUUGUUAAAUCUAGGCUUGAGGUAUCUGAUGACCUGGAAAAUGUGUGCAAUUGGGUAGUGGACACUUGUUUACAUAAGGGAAGUCGAGAUAACAUGAGUAUUGUAUUAGUUUGCUUUUCAAAUGCUCCCAAGGUCUCAGAAGAAGCAAUGAAAAAAGAUUCAGAGUUGGAUAAGCACUUGGAAUCACGGGUUGAAGAAAUUAUGGAGAAGUCUGGUGAGGAAGGAAUGCCUGAUCUUGCCCAUGUCAUGCGCAUUUUGUCUGCAGAAAAUAUCCCAAAUUUACCUCCUGGGGGAGGUCUUGCCGGCAAGCGCAAUGUUAUUGAAGCUGUUUAUAGUAGACUGAAUCCACAUAGAGAAAGUGAUGGGGGUGCUGGAGAUCUAGAAGACUCAUGGUAGCCUUAUAAACCUUCUAAAAUGCUUUUGAUUCUGAAAAUUGGGGGAAAAAACUUUUAAUCACAAUUUUCUUCAAUACAAGGGGAAAAUAUUCUUGUGGAUUCCCAGCGUUUGUGAUAUGAGCAGAAAAUCAUUAGCAUUUCCCAUCAUUUGUUCCAAUUUGUGUUUUCUGAUAAUUGCCACUUGGAGCACUGCCUGUACUACACAGUAUUUUUUGCCAGCCUCAGGCAUAACGGUUACAUCUGUAUUUGAACUUUUGGCCCUAGAAACCAAUGGAAUUAUUUUACCACAAAUAACAAAUGUGCCUGAGGUGCAUGGGAAUAUAGUUAGCUCUGAAGAUACAUUAUGGCUUUUUAAAAACAGAGCACACAACAUAUAAGCAUGUAAGAGUAAAGAAUUGUAUGAGAUGUUCCUUUUUUGAUUCACAGAGUUGGAAGCCAAUUACAGUUCUGUAGCUUGAAAUUUCAUUUGAGCAAUUUACUAUAGGAUAUGUAUUUAUUGUUAUUUAAUUUUUUUCCAAUUUAACCUGUGUUACUGAACUGGGUUCUCUGAUGAUGUCCAAAUUGUAUUGUUGCCUUGCUUCAAGACAAAGUGUAUUUGGCAAUAAUAUUAUAGACCUUUACAAAUUUUAUGCAUGCAUCUUUCAAUUUUUACUAGAAAAAUCUUUUGAAACCAAAUGGAUUAAUUUAUGCCUAUUUAUAGUUUGCUUUGACAUCUCAUUGCUGCAAAUUCUUUUAAAUGAGAUUUGCCUUUAUAAUGUAAAUUGUGAUUUUUUUGGUUUUACAUGUGGGUUUCUAUACUUUUAAUUUUUUCAGCUUUUAAGAUACAAGUUUCUGUAAUUUGGUAUAAUUUUUAACUACGUUAUUUUAAAAACUGAAAAUAUCACAUUGAAAUUACUAUAAAUACUUUUAAAAUUAUCUAUUUUAGAUCUAAGGAAAUAUUACAGAGAUAUUUUCAUGGGUUCAGUAACCUUUCAUUUUAUAACAUUGGGCACGGUACAGACUGGUUGUGACAUAAGGUACUUGAAGAUUAUUUAGUUUAACUAUUUUUACAGUAACCUUGAAUUCUUAAAUUCUUCUAAGUUUUGCAUGUAUUAAAUCCAACUAAUGCUGAACAUGAAGAGUAAAGUAUUUAUCUAAAAGCAGAUACUGGGGUAGAAGUCAUGAAUGUAUCCAUUUAUACAUGGUUUACAUGUUGUGGAUGCUUUUGUAAACAUUUCGUAGAUGUUUAAAUUGUGUUUCAGUACGUUGUAAUCGCCUCUGUGUGUAGUUCAGAUGAGUCACCAUCUGGUCCUGUGUGAAAUGGAAUUCGCGGUCUUUGCUGUAACACGUUCCUGAGACUUUCUGGAGAGCCGCGUGUUUGGAUACAGACAGCUGUCCUGAUCACUUGAUUUGUUGUAUAUCUGAUUUUUUUGGUCUCAAAGGAAUUACUGCCACAAUACAUUUUAUUUAUUCUUUAGAUUUUAGCUUUGUAAGUUAAAAUGCUUUACAUGAUGCUUUUACCACCUACUUGUCCCUUGACUGGGUUUGGGCCUUUGUUAAAAGAUAGGGAAUGAAGAAUGCAGAAAUGGUUUAUUGUUCCUGUUGUCCACUCGGAUCCCACCCUGUACUGAUAGUACCUUUCCAGUAUGAUAUUGUGAUGUUUCAUACAAUGCAGUGAACAUAACCAACUUGUUACCUAAAUAAAGAAUUGAU